AUGGCCGUCUCACCCACCACCCAGCCUGUAGAGGCUCAGAAAGUAAACACUACUACUGCCGCUGCCACCACUACCACCGCAACCACCACCACCAACAAUGCUGCCGCUGCCCCAAGGAAACGGAGAAGAAGAGCUCCCGCUACUGGAGCUACUGACGACUGCUUUGCUUGCAAGAAGCGUCAAGUAAAGUGCGAUCGACGCCGUCCGUACUGCGGUCAGUGUGUCGAGAUCGGCAAGGAAUGCUCUGGAUACCGCACCACUCUCACAUGGGGUGUUGGAGUAGCCAGCCGUGGAAAGCUUCGAGGCAUGUCUCUGCCCAUUGCAAAGUCGCCCCCAUCCACUGCCACACAGGAGCCCAAAUCACAACGGAUCAACUCUGUAGUCUCCACCAGCACAUCCUCGUCCAGCAGUGCUCAGCAAGAUCAACAUCACUUCAACACCAGGGCUAGCAUAGACUUUGGCGCACCAUCCCCAAGGAGUCCCACAAGUCCCAUGUAUUCCGCACCACAGGAUUACCAAUACUACAGCCCGACCAGUCCAAUCCCUAUCCCAACUCCUUCGCCCUCAAUGUCAUUUCCCAUGCAACAUCACAGGGAUCAUUUUGAGUUCCUACAUCCCCAGGCUUCCAAGUUCAGGCAUCACCAACCACACAGAGGUCCUCUUCAACGACUACAAACCACUCUUCAUGUUCCUCUAGACGACUAUGGCAUGUCUGCCUCGACUGCCUCAUUGGGCACAUAUAGCGAUAGCGACUUUCCCUCACCAAGCGAGUUUCCCAACACCCCAGUCGACGAAUACCCCUUUGCCGACCCGUCAAUGCCUCGCUACCCAUCCUUUGACCACGCGCCCAUGAGCUCCUUGGACAACUACUUUCUCCAUGAGGCCCCACGUUCAUUGCCCAUGGGCGACGACAUGAGCUCGAGCGUAAGCUCAGACCAAAGUAUACACGACUAUCCUGAAGUCAGCACAGCCCCGCAAAGUAUGGGCCCCGUUACAUUUCAAGAUGUGUUUGUGGAGGGAGAGAUGAGCUCGAGUUUCAACGGCUUCCAACCCGGUUUCUCCUUUCUCCCAUCGGAGGGUAUGUCUUCCUAUGGCUCUGGCCCCCUGUCUCAAGACGUUCUGUCGCUCACCACUUCUAUUCCUCAGAGCCUUACCAUCACUUCGCCCCUUUCCCCGCGGAUGCUAUACCUUCUGGACUACUACGACAGAUUUAUAUGCCCGGUGCUGGUGGCUUUUGAUAGCCACAACAACCCCUACCGGAUGCACAUCAUCCAGCUGGCCAUGCAGAAUGAGGAGCUGCAAAACGCCAUCGGCGCUCUGGCCACGAACAACAUGCGCAUGCGAGGAGGUAUUGAAGGACGCCGAUUGAGCGUUCCUCACGAUACCCGACUCAUCCCAGCACAUGCCUACUCGGAAAUGACUGCCCGAGAACUGCGCGAAAUGCAUGGCGAAGCAACCGAUGAAGAGAAGCACUACAAGGCCAACUCCAUCGCUCUACUCAACAAGAAGCUAGUCGACUUUGACGGUUCGCAGGACGACUCUGUCCUAGCUACGCUUCUUAUCCUCUGCCUCUUCCACGUCUGCGAUUCUGGCUUCACAAAGUUCAAGACCCAGCUCGCUGGUGUACAGAAGCUUCUGAGUCUGCGGGAUAGAACAGUUCAAUCAGAAUUUGUCGGAUGGAUCGAGACCUUCUUUACUUGGUUCGAUGUCAUGACCGCUGCAGUCAACGACCGAGAAAUCGAGGUCCGCGGCGAUUCCCUUGACAUGAUGAACUUGAGCGCCAACUUGGGCUCAAUGGAACACCACUCUGGUUGUGAAGGGCGGCUCUUCAAACUCAUUGCGCGGCUCGGAAGACUCAACUUGCUCAGUCAGAAUCGACCUGUACGCGAUGAUGACGAGACACCCACUUCAUCCCCUCGAUCGAAGAAGGCAAAAGACUUUUAUUCUUUUAGCUUUGACAAUAUAGACGGCAGCGAUUGGGCCACACCUAUUGCCGAAGCACGAGAUCCCUUUUCAUCCGCACACGACGAUGCCCGCUCCGAGUUCUGGAAGGAGUGGAACGAUCUACGGAACAGACUUCAAGAGUGGGAGUUUCCCUCACCCGGUGACAUGCAAUCAACAUCUUGCGAGGCUACAUCUUCCAUGCUCGCCAUGUCUCCCGAACAAGCAGCACUUCUCCACAUCAGCGAGAGCUUCCGCUAUGCAGCGCUUCUCUACACUGAGCGUCUAGCACAACCCACUCUCCCUGCAUCGUCUCUCAACUUCCAGAACCUGGUCUCACAGGGUCUAUACCACAUCUCGCAAAUCGGCAUCACAAGCUGUGUCAACAAAUUCCUCCUCUGGCCACUGUUCAUUGUGGGCACAGAGUGUGUGGAUCCCGAGCACCGUGCUGUUGUACGACAGCGUUGUGUUGAAAUCCAACGCGAGAGCGGCUUUUUCAACAACCUCAGCGGGCUCGAAGUUCUCGAGCGUGUGUGGCGUGAGGAUGACGAGUGGACCGACGGCGAUAUUCAGAUUCCCCGACAAAACGGCCCUUUUAGCACAGUGCAACAUCCCUUCCGGUGGAGGAGAGCCAUGGACCGCAUGGAUGGCGAGUACAUUGUUCUUUGAUUACUCGCGACGGCUUGCUGGUUUCGAGCUUUGACGUAUACGCGAGCAUAUGUUCUUAUUUCAUUGGUUCUUACUUUUCAUACGAAGCUUACGACGGACGGCGAAAAUACGCGCACGAAUAUGUUAUGAUAUAGGCUAUGGGAUUAUUAUGUGGGUCAUUAUUGGUGGGUAAAAGGGCACCUAAAGUUUUCGGCUCUUUUCUAGUAAUCUGUGGUAUUAUCUGUAGUUUGUAAGAUGUUUUAUGCAACAAUGAAUCAUUCAAUCGAUGAAA